AAUGGGCGGGAGCAGGGCAGGUCGGCCAAUCGGAGAGAGGACGGGGGACGGAGCGCACUCCUAUUGGCCGGCGCUCAGGUUCGGCUGACAGGAAGCGGAAGUGGCUGGCGAAAUAAAGACGAGGGGGCAACAGAGCGGCUGAGAGACGGGGGGUGCCCCCUCCAGCCAUCGCCAUGGAGAAUGAGGGAGACCAGCCAGCUGGUGGCGGAGGUGGGGGAGCAGGGAGCGCCCGACCCCAGGUGCCGCAGAUGUCCCUCUACGAGCGUCAGGCAGUCCAGGCUCUCCAGGCCCUGCAGCGUCAGCCCAACGCGGCGGCCCAGUACCUCCAGCAGAUGUACGCGGCCCAGCACCAGCAGCUGAUGCUCCAGCAGCACCUCAGCACGGCACAGCUCCAGCAGGUGACACUGGCGGCCAACCGGCAGGUGACCCCGGGGAGCAGUAGCGGAGAGGCUCAAGGCAGUGGGGCAGCCCAAAGUACCGUGAAUCUGUCGAGCACGGCGGUCUCUCAGGCCAGCGCCCGGCCGCAGGCGGUCAGCUCUCCGGCCACCAGUGUCCUGCUCGGGCCCAGCAGUCCGUCGCUCUCCCCCAGUCAGGCCAAGAUGUACCUGCAGGCCCAGGUGGUAGCUCGGACCCUGACCCGCAGUGCCCCGCUCACCCACCAGCUCAUCCUGAUGCCCGGGGGCAGCGUGGCCACCGUGCAGUCUGACCUGGCUCCUGCUACCAGCGUGGCCCACUCCGACACUGACCAGGCCCAGAACCUGGCGGUGCGCACCCAGGCCCAGCUCCAGCUGCCCGCGGCCCCCAAGGCCCCCCCCACCACCACCCUCACCGUCAGCCCCUCGUCCAGCCUCAACCUGUCCCAGAGCUCCUCGGGGCAGCCCCCGGCCUCGGCCAAGGCCCAGGGGGAGGGCGAGGCCGGGGCCAAGAAGUCAGAGGCGGAAGGCAGCGCGUCCACCCCCGGCGGGGGCAUCAACCUGGCCCGGACGCUGACACCCGCUGGGCACACCCUCAUCAGCUCAGCCGCCACCUACACCCAGAUCCAGCCUCACACCCUCCUGCACCAGCAGCUCCAGCAGAACAAGCUGGUGAUCCAGCAGCAGCACCUGGCCAUCCACCAGCAGCACCGGCAGUCACAGCUGGCCCAGCUCCACCUCUCGCAGGCCCCGUCGGCCCCCCACGCUCAGACCCUGGUCGUCCAGCCUCUCAGCCAGGCCCCGGUCCAGAAGCAGGCCCCGCCGCAGGUCGAGGCCCAGAAGGCGGUCCAGGCCGAGCCCUUAAAACAGGCCCCGGCCCAGCCCGAGGCCCAGGCGCCGCCGGAGGGCCAGAAGCAGGGCCUGAAGCAGGUCCAGGCCCAGCCCGAAGCCCUGAAACUGGUGCCAGCCCAGCCGGAAGCCCUGGCCCAGUCGGAGGCCCAGAAGCCCACCCUGAAGCAGGCCCCUGCCCAAACUGAGGCCUCGAAGCAGGCCCAGACACAGCUGGAGCCGCCAAAGCAAGUGCAGGCCCCGGCCGAGGCCUGCAGCGCGCCCCAGAAGCAGGCCACAGCCGAGAUCUGCCCCCGACAGGCCUUGGGUAAGGCCCUGCCAGUGAAAGCCCAGGCCACGGCCCCCUCCUCCUCCACCGCCUCCUCCUCCUGCUCAGCCUCACUACCGGCCAUAACCAAACCCGCUUCCGGGCUGGGAGUGGUGACGGCUGGGCAGGGGCAAGGGCUGGCCUCCUCGUCUGGGACCCCUGCCCCCUCCUCCUCCCCGGCCCCCGUACUGCAGAGCUCAGCCUCCACCCAGACGCCAGUGUCGGGCCUCAGCCCACAGGCCCAGGACUGGGCCCAGCCUCCGCCGGAACCAGGGUGUCCCCAGCUCCACCUCCCGCUGAAGUCGGCCGUGAAACGGAAGGCGGAGGACGAGGAGGAGGAGGUGGAAUUCCCAAACCUGGGACCGCCGGAGCUGAGUCCGAACCUCAGCAGCGGCCAGGAUCUCAAACAGUCGUCUGCAGGCAAGACGGAUUCGAUUCACUCAGGGCCACCAGUCCUCACCUCCGUCAACAGCCUCCUGAAGGUGAAUCGUCACGUGGGAGACAGCAAACCGCCCCAGGCCAUCGUCAAGCCUCACAUUCUCACCCACGUCAUUGAAGGGUUCGUCAUACAGGAGGGAGCCGAACCCUUCCCGGUUGACUCAGCCCGUGACCAGGGAAAUGCCAAGCAGAAAACGCAGGAGCCCCCGGUUCUCCAACCGGAGACACAAAUCAGCUCCCCUCACCCCGAAACAGAGAAUGUCCAGCCGCCAGGGUCGGAGGUCGGAGGGAGAUGCUCCGGUGUGAGUUCUGCAGGUGCCUGGAACCGGCGGACAAGUUCAAGAGGUCAAAGCGCUUCUGCUCCAUGGCCUGUGCCAAGAGGUACAACGUCAGCUGUCGGAAAGGUGUACGACGUUUCACCUGUCGAGCGUGUGGACCCCAUGCCCAAGGAGGCAGUGACUCGCCUGGCCCGGAGAUCGUCCCGAAGGGAGAGCGGCGAGGUUCUCCGGCCGCCCCUGCACAAGAGGCUCGCCAAGGGCCUGGAGGAGUCGGGCCGGGCCUCCGACCUCAGCGGCUACGAGGAGGCGACCCCGCCCAGGGGGGCGGGAGGCUCCGAGCUGGGGGGGAGCCGGCGUGGGGCUGGUGACCGGGAAUCCGGCCCUCUGGACGGUGCAACAGGUCCACGAGUUCAUCUCCUCGCUGCCAG